AUGUGUGCUGAGAUUAUUGAAGCAUUCCAGAAGUGCCAUGUGAAUCACCCGGUUAAGAAGUUCUUUGGCGAGUGCACAGAUCUUAAGAUUAAGCUAGACCAGUGCUUCCGGCAGGAGGUACCGAUUCUUGUUCUUUUGGGUCUUGUGAGAAUUGAUGAUAACAUUUUCUUAUCUGUUCCUAUGUGGGAACUGAUGAUGUUGGUUUUCCGCUUCCCUAAAUGCUGUUUUGUUCUUUGUGAAAUUCAGAAAGCUUUGAAGAGGAAGGCAAACUUUGAGGAGAGCAAGAAAUUUAAAGAACAGUUGCAGGCCUAUAAAAGGGAAAUGGCUGAGGAAAACAAGGAACACUAA